AUGUCUCUCUCAACCGAAACUCCUCUUGAAAUCCUCAUUCUCGGUGGAGGCGUGGCAGGCCUUACGGCUGCCAUGGCCCUGGCCAAAUUCUCACCUGAAUCAGCGCCGCCAAAGAUUCGAGUUUUUGAGAUCCGCCCCAAGCCCGGUGUCAUCGGUGGAGCAGUCAAUCUCACACCUAACGCACUCAGACUGCUCGACCGUCUGGAUGUAUUGCCGAUCAUGCGACAGAACGACUAUGGUUUGGAGAUUGAUUGCAUUGAGGUCUUCAGUGUCUAUCAACCAGUGCAAUUGGGAGAGUCGAGCUUUAGAGGACCCGAGGGUAAAGGUCUAGGUGACCCACCAUACAAGGCAUUACGUGUAACUCGUGCAGAUGUCAUGAAAUCUCUUGUCGAAGCCGUGGAGAAAUGUCCAAACGUCGAGUUUACUUGCGGACAGAAGACUGUCGAAAUCGAUGAAGACGAUGAGAAAGGUGUCACAUUGACUUUCGAAGAUGGCACCACCGCUCAUGGAGAUAUCCUGGUCGGCUGUGAUGGUAUCCACAGUGCUACACGUCUGAAGCAUGUCGAACCCGAGCGAAAAGAAAUCUACUCUGGCAUCGCUAACGCCUUCGGAUUCGCACCUCUCAACAAGGACAACCCCGAGAUCCAAGAUCCCAGCCAACUGCAUUUCAACAAGACAGCCAUCAACUUUGCACGACGCGGAAUGAUGCUCUCGAGUUUCUAUGAACCGACAAAGACGUCAGUCUAUGUGGGUGGCGUGCUACAGGUUCCAGAAAUUGAGUCUAGGGAUGGCUGGAAGGUCCGCGGUGCUGAUCAAGAACUCACGAAGCAAGACAUGCGUGAGAGAUUCGCUACUGAUGAUGUCGUGUUUGAUGAUAUCAAAGCUCUGAUCGAUACGGCAGAAGAUUGGUUCAUGUGGCCAAUUUUCACCCUCCCUCCUGAAGGCCGCUGGGCAACACAACGCACCAUGCUCUUGGGCGAUGCAGCUCACGCAAUGCCACCGCAGGGUGAAGCGACGGGUAUCGUCCUCGAGGACACUGUGUUGUUUGCAAGAUGUCUGGCAAGACAACAGGAACUCGGUACGGGAAGCUUCAAAGACGCAUUCGAUGCCUAUGAAAGGCUGCGUAGAGAUCGCAUCAAUGCUGCCUUCAAGGAGUCUGGAGCGGUGGUCAAGACAGUCCAGGAUGCUGGUUGGCUAGGUCACAAGAUCAAGUGUUUCGUGGUACCGUGGUUUUUGUGGUUCACAAGUGGCAAGCGUGAGAAGCAUUUUGCGGAGGAUGUCACUACGUCCGAUCUUGGAUUCUGA